ACAGAUUUGACAGGACCAGCCGCUAUGGCGCCUCCUUCCCUUCCUGUCAUUCCGCAUCCUACGCGCGAGAGCCAGAAAUGGGGACCACUGCGUUUCCCGUCCAUCCAAUGCGCGGCGUUCCAGCCGGAAGUGUGGCAACCCUGGGACCAUACAUUCAUCUCAGGGAAGGUUCCGGGGGGGUUCCAUUUCUCGCAUUCUACUCCCAAGGUUCUAGGGAAGGUUUCUGCCUUCCUAGUCGACGUGUGUGUGACUCUGGGAAAAUGCCCCCCAGUAGACGAUUCCGUUUCAUCCGGAAUACCCCUGGAGUUGACGCAAUGCCGGUAUCUUACUUCAUUGGUAGAAGAGCUCUUGUAUUAGACUUCCUGAAUGCAUUUUUUACGGCAUUCUGACAUUCAGCGGACUUAGCGACUGACAGCAUUCUCCCGCUGGUUACUCUGAGUAGUCUGACUACGCUGAUCGCGAAUGGUGUUAUUUCUGGGGGAAUCGCCGCCUUCGCUUUCUCUUGCUCUCGCCUCGAGCUCGCUUCUGCUCCUCCUGCUGUCGACCUCCACGUGUCACGCGCUGAUCCACCCUGGAGCGGUGAAUGCGGGUCGUCCACGUGUCGCUGUUGCGGGAGUAACGGAAGCGGCGGUUGCGGACGCGGGAAUUUCUGGAGGCCUAAGGGGGAGACUCCUUUGCGACGACAACUCCACCGACGCUGCUGGGGGGAAGAAGCACGGCCCGAACGGCAGCCCACUUAGUAACGGGUCUCGCUUCGAUGGCGUCGGCUCGAAUCGAGCAUCGGAUGACGACAGCGAGACCCAGCGAGGGAGAACGGGGAAUGGUCGUCAUGGGUCUCGGGAGAAUCAGGGCGGGCGACAAGGCAGCAGACAGAGUGAGGACCGCGAGGAACGGAACGAGAAUAGGGAAGGCGAAGAGAGCUCAGAGAAGAUAGUUAGGGAAAGGAGCGAAAGGAGUGAAAAGAGCGGAAAGAGCGAAAACAGCGAAAACAGCGAAAAGAGAGAAAAGAGCGAAAAGAGCGAAAAGAGCAAAGGCGGGAACACGCUCAAGGAGAGUGACCGUGGACGCAAGGACUCCUUGGAGGACGGCAAAGGUGGCAAAACAGAGAAGGGCGAAAGGGGAAAUGGGAGCGAGGGAAGACCCAAGGGAAGCUCUGACAAUCUGAGGAGGUCGGCGACCUCCUCUGACAAUCGAGGUUCGUCCGAGGAGGUCGGCGAUCACAAGGAGUGUAACGACUCAAGUGGUAACACUUUCGUGAAGUCGCCCUCGUCGACCAGCGGCGGCGGAAGAGGAAUCGGCGAGUCGCUCGCGGGUCAGCUGGGCGGCUGGGGAGGCGUGGCGGGCGGUAAUAAGGGACUGCCAUCAUGGCUCGCCGCGCUAUUGGCGGACGCAGCUGUACGACUAACCGUGGCUGGUCGAACCCGAAGCGACGGGCAAGGCUUGGAUCUCGGACGCCGAGCCGGACAGCAAGGUUCGUCACCCGACCCUACUAGGUCAGGGCACAGCCCGGAUCCGAGUGGUGACCAAGUGCUCGCAAAUCCGUUGAUGGCGCUGAAUCUGUUCGUGUUCAACGCCCCAAUCGAGAUCUCAGCCGUCCGUUCGUUAGAGAACAAGGGCAGCGUGGCGCUGCAUACGCAGCUCGCGCUGACAACGGCGCUCGCGAGAGACAACGGCACGGUGACGCAGGGCAACCCGCAAAGGCAGGAGAGCGGGUUAGGGGUUUCUGAAGCAUCGCAAAACUCGACGGCGGGAGACAACGGCACGGUAACGCAGGGGAGCCCGCAAAGCCAGGAGAGCACGUUAGGGACCGGGGGAUCGCAGGAGCAGAAAGCAGCGGAUAGCGCGGGAUCAAGUCAAAACACUAGUGAGAGUGGUGGUGGAGAGAAACGGGCAGCAGCAAGUGCUGACAGGAAGAGGAGCGGAGAGAGCACCUUGACACCUGAAGCUGGAGCAGAGCUUACAUCUAGUACAGUGGAGGAAAGGGAAAUCCAGAGGACCGAGGAGGAAAGGGCGGUCUCUUCGCGGGGUGGUAGUGGUUUGCUGUCACCUGCGGCGCCACAUGCGGCGUUGAUUGCUGAGGCUCAGGCUGGUGCAACAAACUCUGCUGCUCCAUAAGUUUUCUCGUCCAACUCGUUACAAGUUCACGUUGACGCGACAUCCUUGCAAAAAAAACGUUCAUGUUGCACUGAAUUCCGACUGUCUGCUGGAAUAUAAUGAAUUAGCUGCUGAGAUAUGAAUCGAUGAAACUUUGCUAUAAACUUUGUUGUAUAGGUCGUUAUUGCUGUACUUGGCUGCUUACCGUUUCAAUGUCGCAGUCUUCUAUAACGUCAGCUUCUGUGUC